AUGUUUGGGUGUGAGUGUUGGUACUGGAGCAGUGAAUAUGAGGAGCUAUAUGAUCAGUCUGAUGAGCCAAAGCCAUACUCUUUGCCUUCACCUCUUCCAAAAUGGCCUCAAGGCCAAAGUUUUGCAUCUGGAAGAAUAUGCCUCGGAGAAAUUGAAGUUUUUCAAGUCACCGAGUUUGAGAGUGUUUGGAGCUGCAACCGGUUGCGUGGAAAAUCCAAAGCUGUCACAUUUUAUAGACCUGCUGGGAUUCCAGAUGACUUCUUUUGCCUCGGUCACUACUGUCAACCCAAUGACCAGCCGUUAAGAGGUUUUCUACUUGCUGCUCGUGACAUGGUUGCUACCAGGAAGGAUAUGGGAGAUGGUUUGGUGCAAGACUUGGUACAAAAGCUACCAGCCUUAACAAAGCCCCUUAACUACUCUUUGGUGUGGAAUGCAGAUUCGACUAAUGGUGAGUGUGGUUAUAUUUGGAUGCCAAACCCACCUGUGGGUUAUAAGGCCAUGGGUUUUGUGGUCACUGACGAUAGUGAGGAGCCAAGCCUUGAUGUUGUUCGAUGUGUACGAGAAGAUCUGACAGAGACUUGUGAAGCAUGUGAUCAGAUACUUGCAGUGGAUUCGAGGUCUUCAGAGAACCAAUUUCAGGUUUGGAGUACAAGACCUUGCGAACGAGGUAUGUUAUGUAGGAGUGUUUCAGUUGGCACAUUCUUUUGCACUAAUACCUACUUGGAUUCUGACGAAGAACUAGAAGUUGCGUGCUUGAAGAAUAUUAGUUCAUCCCUACACGCAAUGCCAAAUCUACAGCAGGUUCAUACACUCAUUGAGCACUAUGGGCCUACUGUAUUCUUCCAUCCUGAUGAGGCUUAUUUACCAUCAUCAGUACAAUGGUUUUUCAAAAAUGGGGCAGUUUUGUGCGGUGAUUCCUGUGAAAAAGGUGAACCAAUUGAUCAUAGAGGCUCUAAUUUGCCUAGUGGAGGGGAAAAUUUGCAUGAUUAUUGGAUAGAUUUGCCAAAUGAUCAUGAUGCAAGACAUCACAUCAAAGGUGGUGACAUGGAGAGUGCGAAGCUAUAUGUUCAUGUAAAACCAGCAUUAGGAGGAACUUUCACCGAUGUGGCCAUGUGGAUAUUCUGUCCCUUUAAUGGACCGGCCACCAUUAAAGUUGGUGUACUAAGUUUUGCAAUGAACAAGAUAGGAGAACAUGUUGGUGAUUGGGAGCACUACACUCUCCGAGUGAGCAACUUCACUGGAGAACUUUGGCAAGUGUACUUCUCAGAACACAGUGGUGGUAGAUGGGUGGAUGCUUUUGACUUGGAGUUCAUUGAAGGGAAUAAGUCAGUUGUAUAUUCUUCAAAACAUGGUCAUAGUAGCUACCCUCAUUCGGGAACCUAUAUUCAGGGGUCUUCAAAGCUUGGAAUAGGAUUAAAGAAUGAAGUUGCUCGAAGCAAGAUGUUCAUUGAUUCGAGCAGCAAGUACGAGAUUGUUGCAGCCGAGUACCUUGGUGAUGGUGUUAUUGAAGAACCGUGUUGGUUGCAAUAUAUGAGAGAUUGGGGUCCAACUGUUGUGUAUGAUUCGCGAUCAGAACUAGAUAAGAUAAUUGAUCGUCUUCCAUUCUUUGUUAGAUUCUCUGUGGAGAAUCUAUUCGAAUUGUUUCCAACCGAACUCUACGGUGAGGAAGGGCCUACUGGCCCCAAGGAGAAGGAUAAUUGGUUGGGAGACGAAAGGUGAAAUGCAAGGUCUCAAAUCUAUGUCAAGUUUCCACAUAACAGGUGAUGUCUUGCUGUAGAUGCCAAUGCCAAUGCAAUUUGGUAGGAACUUGAGCUCGUUUCUACAAUUUGUCAAAUGCUUUGUAUUUGAAAAGUCUGGAUUGUGAAGUAUAAAAGAAACUGAUACUGUAUUUUAACUUUUACAAGCAAAGAGUCUGCUCUUAUUUCCUUGUUACAGUAGGGAUAGGAAAGGCUUGUCUGGGUUUCCUUUACCACACUCCUGUUGAUCUUUAUCCAAUGGUUCUUUUAGUGAUUGUACACAGAUAUGUAACUAGUAUAGCAACUGUA